AUGUCGUCUUUUCAAGGCCAUUAUGGAGCUUCCACAGGAGGCGAUACUGGUUUUAGAAGGACUUGGGACAAGGAGAAAUAUAAACGAGGUGCAGAACAGGAGGAAUCUGCUCCCGAUGAAUCAACCAAAAAGAAGCGGAAGAAGAAGACAGAACCUGAAGAAGAGGUCUCUGAAGAGCCUCAAAUGCUGCGAGCACGAGACACAAAAGUAGAUCUAGAGACACACUUGAACAAGACCCAAGUGGUCACUGUCUCAUCUGAUGCAAACAGACAACCAGGCUACUAUUGCGACGUCUGUGAUUGUACUCUAAAGGACUCGGUCGCCUAUUUGGAUCACAUCAAUGGAAAGAGACAUCAAGGCAAUCUGGGGGUGUCUAUGAGAGUAGAACGUAGCACUGUAGAACAAGUUAGAGCUAAAUUAGCAUCUCUCAAGAAGAAAAUUGAUCAACCAGCACCUGAAUACGAUCUGGACAAACGAGUGGAGCAAAUAAAGCAACAGGAAGUCAGGGACAAGGAAGCUCGUAAGCAAGAGAAGAAAGAGAGAAAGAAGAAGGAUAAAGAAGAGAAAGCAGCAGCACUAGCUCCUGUCAAGGAUGAAGAAGCACGACCAAUGGAUCCAGAAAUGGCUGCUUUGAUGGGCUUUGGUGAUUUUGGCACAUCGAAAAAGAAGAAGUAA